UUCCCCGCAUGUGUAGUAUGCGGUUUCCACGUACGCAUGCGCAACAUUUAGUGGGUGGGGCUCAGGUAGAAAAUGGCGUCUCGUACGGUUCUGCCGGUGCUUCUGCUGCAAAUUUGGCUGCUGCUGACUGGAGUUUCGCAGAUAUCUGCAAUUCAGUGCGACGUGAAGGACUAUGGAGCGAAGGGAGACGGGAAAAGCAACGACACGGACGCCUUCAUCAAAGCAUUUCAAGCCUGCACCGAAAAAGGUUAUGCUACGUAUCCAUGAGGCUGCACGAAUCGGCCAUGAAAAGAGAUUUUCUUCUGUAGGUGAACCGUCCAUGGUGUACGUCCCCUCUGGCAGCUACAGUCUGUGGCCACUCGUGUUUGAGAAGACGGAGUGCAUGGAUCUCUUCUUCAACGUGACUGGUGAGCUGGUGGCCCCCAGCAACCCUGCAGACUACCGCUGGGUCAGGAACGAGAGCUUCCUUCUCUUCAAGGAGUGCGAGAACCUAACCAUCCACGGCUGGGGGUUGGGGUCAGUGGAUGGGCGGGGCCAGGAAUGGUGGGAGAUGUACGAGAAACUUGAGCGACCGAAACUGUUGAUUCUGGACGACAGUAAAAAAGUUUCGGUCAAAGACAUCCAUCUCAUGAACAGCCCCAUGUUUCACAUAGUCCCCGAAAACAGUGAGGACGUCCUGAUAGAGAAUGUAUUGAUCACUGCCCCUUCUAACAGUCCCAACACUGACGGAAUAGAUCCUUCGGGAUCCCGACACGUCGUGAUCAGAAACUGCACCAUUGGUACAGGAGACGAUAAUGUGGCCGUGAAACCUGGCUGUCAGGACGUUCUUGUCGAGAACUGUCUGUUUCAGAGUGGCCAUGGCUGUUCCAUUGGAUCCAUUGAGAGCACCGGUGUGCGAGAUGUGGUCAUGAGGAACAUUUCUUUCGUUGGGACAGAGAACGGGGCGCGGAUUAAGACAUGGCAGGGAGGCAGUGGUCUGGUGGAGAAUAUCAGUUAUAUCAACCUCAAGAUGAGCAACGUCGGGUUGCCUAUCAAGAUAAACAUGUUCUACUGCCCUGACGGAGGCUGCCACAACCAAACUAAAGGUGUGACAAUCAAGGACAUUCUGUUCAGUGGUAUAGAGGGGACCCAGAGUGGAGGCGUGGCAGGCCAGCUGUACUGCAGUGACACUGUCCCAUGUACCCACAUCAAGAUGGAGAACAUUGACAUCCAGUCUGUGAGCACAGGGGAGCUGUGGGGCAGUGGAAACAGGUUUGAGUGCUGGCGAGCGUUCGGCGAGGCUAGCAACGUCAACCCACCCUCUUGUCUCAUCCCCGACAAACUUUUAAAUUAUGAUUGAUCAUAGUUUGGAUGUUUGAUAUAAUAAUUGUUUAAAAAUUGUUGUGACCAGUCUAAUUAUUGCAGUCAGCUUGCAAGGACACACCUCUCUUCUCUUCCCUCCCUCUCCGGUCCGCCAUUCCAAUGGUCCCUCUUCUCUCUUCUCACCUUCCCCUCCUCCCUCCUCUCCCUCUCUCUUCUCCAUCCUCCUCCUCCCCGUCCCCUGCCUCCCCCUCUCCUCAACUGACCUCCACUAUUAUGACCAAUCUCACUAGUCCCUGUGGCCACACCCAUCUGCCCCACCCCAUCUCCAAACUCCACCCUCUCAGUCCUCUUCUGAUUUCUACUCCUCCAAUCUCUGGAAGCUCCUCUUGACUGCCAGUGGCAGGUUCCCAUACCAGGGUCCCCAGUUCUGGAUCCAGAACAUGGGUCUUGGGUUCUGUACUUGGUUCUUGGUCCAGAGUCUCUGUUACCGCGAGGUUUCCCACGUUGGGAGCCUCGGUAGCUGGUGGAUCCAGAACGUGGGUUCAAUGCCAUUCUUGGUUCAGAACUGGAGUUGGGAGAACUGGAUUCAGCGCUUUUGGAGUAUCGAGAACUAGAGUGAGCGGUUCUGGAGUCUUGAGAACUGGAGUGAGUGGUUCUGGAGUCUUGAGAACU